AUUCGAUUCAUCAAUGACAUCAAUCGUCGUCAGCUGAUCGCGUCCUGCAAUAGUCUGGAUAUCUACUUUGGAUUACUCCAAAUAAUAUCCCGCUGUUUCGAAGGAAUGACGCAUAACCGGAAUCUAGUGCUUAAUAUUUUGAAUGUUAAGUAAUAUAAUUGUGCAUCGUAGAACGAGAACACCUCAGAAUGGAGCCGCAGGAUAUUUAUUACAACAAAGCCGAAUACGUUGAAACGGCCUCGGGAAACAAGGUGAGCAGGCUGACGGUGCUGUGCGGCUCGCAAAAUAUUGUGCUGCACGGAAAGGUGAUAGUGCAAUCUGACGCGAUUAUCAGAGGCGAUCUGGCCAAUGUCAGGACAGGCCGCUAUUGCAUCAUCAGCAAGAAUGCCGUCAUCCGACCGCCUUUCAAGAAAUUCAGCAGAGGGGUUGCCUUUUUUCCUCUAACGAUGGGAAAUCACGUGUUUGUGGGGGAGCGAGCGGUCGUGAAUGCAGCGCUGGUCGGUUCUUACGUUUACAUCGGGAAGAACGCCAUAAUUGGCAGGCGAUCCGUCCUGAAGGACUGCUGCUAUAUCGAGGACGGCGCGGUCGUGCCACCAGAAACUAUCGUGCCGUCCUUUACUCGUUUCGCUGGCAGUCCGGCGACGUGCGUUGAAGAGCUACCCGAGUGCACGCUGGAUCUCAUGGUAGAUUUCACGAAGAAUUAUUACGAGCACUUCUUACCGGCGCGCGUUUAACGUCUAUCUGUAUAUGU